GAGCGAGAGAAAGAGUGAGAGGGAGAGAAACAGUGAGCGUUUCGAAAGCACUUGUCAACGAGACGUUCCGUCGGGAUAAUGCCACGGUGAUCCGUCAUUUUUCGUCUCACGAUUGUGUCCUGUCGACCGCAACCAACCGCAACUUUGCCUAUCGCGAAAACGAUAACGCGGUCCUUUAAACACGAUCACUGGCCGCUCGUUAUCACGUUACUUCUGUUUCUUAUCGCUACACGCGGCGUUACAUUACGCUCGCGGUAGCCAGUAACGUAUGUAUCACACAACGUCGUCGGGAAUCCGCGAAUCUCAAUAUCCGUCCUGCCUGAUUCCGUCCGAUGUGGUGAUCGACUUGAAAUCUUGGUAUUUAUGAGAUGUCACGGAGUGACGCGCUCAAAGUGCGCGACAGACAGUAAAUGCUCCAUGAAUGGACGUCGUUCUUGAGACAAAGCGGUUAUUCACCUCGACAAUCGAGCAGAAGUCACCUGUUGUUUUGUUGCUUCUUCGUUUAGCAUAGAUGUCACACUGCAGUAAAAAUACCUGUGAUCAGAAGACUGCGGUGAUUGAUCAUGAGAGGCAGUUUCAGGAGGACUUAGAAAGAGCUCAAGCAUUGAGUUUAGAGAGCUUGGCUCUAGAGAAAUUUAGACUGCAAAAGUUGCAGUCCAAUGUGCAGCAAUUGUGCUCUAGACAAAACAAUGUGUGCAAUAGAAAUAGUACAGUAUCCGAGACAGAUGGAUGUUCACAAGGAGAAAGAUCCCAAUGCAGAAGUCGACCAAGACCUGGAUUUUUCAACACAAAUCAAAAGAAUUCUGUAAUAUUGGCCCCACCACCUCCGAUACCAUGUAGAAGAAAUUCAACCACCACUGCAGCCAGUCAGGAUUCUUCUACUGAUUUGAUCAACUUUACAAGUCCUGUGAAACAGGAUAAUCUAGCUGAAUAUUGCCCGACACCACCUCCACCACCACAAAAAGCACCGAUAGAACCUAAAUGGGAUACUCAUCCAUCUAUAUUAAAGAGACAAUCAAGAGUAUCACGAAGUAAUAGCUCAGUUGGUGCAUAUCAUUCCAGAGAUUUCAGAUAUCAUUCUCUUUCUCCAGGCCCACGGUCUUCUACGGCACCAUGUACACCAGGAACACCAGGAAUUAGUCCUAUCAUGUCAAGAGCUAGCAGUGUUAGCAACAAUGUACCUGAUAUUGCACCGCAGCCUGCAUGGAAAUCUAUUACACUUAAGCAUUUUUUCUUCAGACAGAUUCCUCCAUUGCCUAUGAAUUAUAGACCAACUGUUGCGCCUGCCAUGUGUGCACCAUCAAUAUCAGCAUUUUGUAUGGACGACGAACAGUUGAACGUGUUAAAAGUAAUAGAGAAAAAGCCAAAUAGCAAUCUUAUAGAUUUGAGUAGUUUUGAACAAACGGAAGACAAGACGAAUGUACGAGUUAGCGUGUUAGAAGCGUUUGAUCCAUUACUUAUAAAGACUGACAAUAGAAACGAUUCCACACAAAACCAUAAAGACGACUCGCAAUCGCAAGUUAGUGGCACUGUAUACGAUCCGUUCGAUCCAUUUGAUUAUAUGUACAGCACAAACGAAAGCGCCAAUUCGGAUCCAGUUUACGUCGCUGUGGAGAAAUCUGCAAAAUCGCCGGCUAUUUCACCAGCUGCGCCUCCACCCUUACCUCCUCGGAAUUCAUCUGCAUGGAAUACCAUAGAGAGACGAAAAACUUCUUUGGAUCGUCGACAAAAGCGUCAAACGCGUUUAUACGAGAACGUAACGGUCAUAAAAACCAGGUCAUCUCUUCAUGAUUGUGACUUGAAGGCGUUCCACAGUAUGAUCAAAUUUGUACGAGGCGAGUUUCCCUUUAAUAAUCCCACUACAAAUAUCGGCUACGUCGUGAGUCCAACGAUGGAGAACUUAUACCCAGAUGGUACAAGUAUAAAAUUGGUAGUUCAUCCACAAUUGACCAGUAGCACUAAAGAUCCAGUACCGUCUAUUUCUUUUACCUGUAAUGUGAAUUGUAGCGUUGAACAUGUUAUUCUGAACGUCGCCUGUUCUUUAGAGGAUGAGGAUACAGUAAAUGUAGAGAAAUAUUGUUUAAGAGUAUGGGGACUAGCUGAGUACCUCGCACCUAAUACAACUUUAGCACAAUAUGAGUAUAUACAUCAGUGUAUUAAAUUAGAAAAGGAUAUCGAAUUAGCUAUAAUGAGCAGAUCACAAAUUAAACAAUCUAUUGCUCGAUCGUUGCAGGAUGACAAUCGCGACCACUGUCUAAAGUUGGAAGAUAUUCUACCAAACGAGCCUUCACAACCUAUUUCAUAUGAUACAUUACUUAUUUUACUAGAAACAGUGGAGAAAGAAAUGGAACGCGUAGAGACCGCAGCGAUACAAUUGGCCACCACAAACCAAGGUUCUAGCUUACUACCUCAACUUCAACCACGCGGCGUAGUGCAAGCGGUAAAAGCGGUGUGUGCCUUAAUGGGAAGCAUCGAGACAUUCGAGAUCACAGAGGCCGUUGACAAUUUCGUGAAUGCUUGCUGCCAGUUCCUGCCACAAGCUCACACGGCCAAUAUAGAAUGCAAGAAACCAGAAAUCUUGCACGAGGACGGUGAUUACGCUGUGGUCACCUUAAGAAAGAAAUUUCCCGACGUAAUCGCCUCGCAUUGUCAUAAAAUCCGUGACGCUAUUCAAGAACUCGUUGAAACUUACUGUCAUGCGUUCAGAGUCGACUUUCAGUUGAACAGCAAAGGAGAAUUCCCGACAAAUACGCUGGUUUCAUCAGAGGUGAUCGAUACUAUUUUGGUGCGUGUCGGAGCACUGCAUAGACUACCGAAUUCGUGGAAACACGACGAUUAUAUAGUGGCAGCUCAAAUAUUUCAUGGAACUAGGCCGGUAGGGAAUCCCGUUUUAUCGGAACCAAUGACGGUCAGCUCAAAUUUUUACCAGAGAAUUUUAUUUAAUACAUGGUUGGAAUUUCGCGGAAUAAGCGUAUGUCAAGUGCCGAGAGAAGCCAGACUCGUGCUAGUUCUUUACGGCCGUACUUUGCAACCUGCUGAACACGAGUCCAAUUCGUCCGCGGAGAAUUCAAUGCAGAAAGAGGAACUUGGAUGGGGUGCUAUACAAUUCUUCGAUUAUGAUGGCGUUAUGAGCCAAGGGAGCUUUUUUCUGUCCCUCUGGCCAGCUAUUGCAGACAAGAGAUUAGGUCCAGCGCCAGCACCCGGAAUUCACCCGCAUGGCGAUACUCACCCCAUCAUAGGAUUAGAGCUACCCGAUUACGGAGGAAAGGUAUUGUUUCCUACCGAGUUGAGGGAUCAUGACGUGGAAUCGCUCGACUUCAAUUCGUUAGAUCAAAAUACGCAAGAACUAUUGAUCGACAUCACGCAGCAAGACACGUUUUCGAGACCGCCUAUCGACGAACGGGAGAUCCUUUGGGAGAAAAGGCAUUAUCUACAUGAUAGACCGGAAGCUCUACCUAAGGUAUUAUUAGCUGCGCAUAGUUGGGACUGGGCAUGCUUACCAGAUUUACACGCGUCGCUCAGAGUUUGGAGUCCGUUGCCUCCAGUGCAGGCCUUGCAGUUACUUUUGCCGUGCUUUCCAGACAUGAAAGUCAGGGAAAUGGCAGUUGAGUGGAUUCGCGAGCUAAGCAACGAUGAAUUAGUCGAUUAUUUACCGCAAUUACUUCAAGCGAUGAAACAUGAGACAUACGAAGCUUCACCUCUGACACGAUUUUUAUUGGAGCGUGCCUUACUUUCACCACGAGUGGCUCAUCACGUUUACUGGUUAUUGACUCAAGCGCUACCGGGACAGAGUCCCCAGGUACAGGUUGGGGGAUCAGCAUUGAAUUCUGCUGAGAUUGCCGCGGAAGAUGACAAGGCUAUCAGUUACGCUCGUUAUCACCGGAGACUGCAAUUAAUGUUGAGAGCAUUGUUGGCAGUUAUUGGAGAUGCGCUGAGAAAUAGUUUCCUUACUCAACAAUUACUAGUUAAAAAUCUUCAUGAGGUAGCUGAAAAUAUUAAAGUCACAAAGGAAUCGUUACGCAUAGAAACACUUAAAAGCGGCCUACAAAACAUACACUGCCAGUUAAUGGAAGAUGAUGGCACGUGUUUGCCGUUGUCUCCUAGUAAAUUAGCGUUCGGCAUAAACGUAUCUACAUGUGCCUACUUCCCAUCGUUCACUCUCCCAUUGAAAAUUAACUUCAUCGGUUGUGACAGUGUAAUAAGUCCCGCAAUUUUCAAGGUUGGUGACGAUUUACAGCAGGAUAUGUUGACUCUCCAAAUGGUGCGUAUUAUGGACAAGUUGUGGUUGAAGGAAGGACUCGAUCUGAAAAUGGUUACUUUCACUUGUGUACCGACCGGCCACAAACGUGGAAUGAUAGAAAUGGUCACAAAUGCGGAAACAUUGCGAAAAAUUCAAGUUGAAUUUGGUUUAACCGGGUCGUUUAAAGAUCGACCGAUCGCAGAGUGGUUGGCGAAACACAAUCCCUCAGAAUUAGAGUACGAAAGAGCGGUAGCAAAUUUCACGGCAUCUUGCGCCGGUUAUAGCGUCGCCACUUAUAUCUUAGGGAUAUGCGAUAGGCACAACGAUAACAUAAUGUUGAAAACAUCUGGUCAUUUAUUUCAUAUUGACUUCGGAAAGUUCCUUGGCGAUGCGCAAAUGUUUGGAAACUUCAAAAGAGACAGGACACCGUUUGUGUUAACGUCAGAUAUGGCAUAUGUUAUAAAUGGGGGCGACAAACCUUCUGCGAAGUUUCAUCAUUUUGUAGAUUUGUGCUGCCAAGCUUUCAAUGUAGUUCGAAAACAUGGAAAUCUUAUUCUUCAUCUUUUUGGACUGAUGACUUCGUCUGGCAUCCCUGGAGUGACCAUGGACGCAGUCAGUUACGUACAGAAAGCACUACUCCCGGGACAAACGAAUCCCGAAGCAGCGGCAACUUUCGCUCGAAUGAUAGAGAGCUCGUUGAAGAAUUGGUUCACACAGUUCAACUUCUUCCUGCAUAAUCUGGCGCAGCUCAGAUUCUCCGGAGAUCACAGCGAUGGAGAACUCCUGUCCUUCAUCCCGCGCACAUAUUCAAUGCAACAAGAAGGUCAAUUAACAAGCGUCCAGGUUCACGGCUACCAAAAACGCUACGAUCCGGAAAAAUAUUAUAUGUAUAUUUUGCGGAUACAACGGAAAGGUCAAGCAGACCCAACGUAUUUGUUUCGAUCGUACAAAGAAUUCUGUGAAUUCUAUCAAAAAUUGUGCAUACACUUUCCACUUGCCAAGGUGGCUAGCUUACCGAGCGGAAUGAGCGUCGGACGCUCCAACAUUAAGCAAGUGGCUGAUAAACGACGGGCAGAUAUAGAGAAGUUUCUUGUAAGUCUGUUCAAAAUGGCACCAGAAAUUUCUCAAAGCGAUCUGGUGUAUACUUUCUUUCAUCCGUUGCUGCGAGAUCAACAGAACGCUGAUAUUCGCUUGCGUAAAGUCAAAGUUGGAAACUGGUGGGCAGAGAAGAGGGUCAGAGACAAUGUGCAAAAUGGCCAGAUCAAAUUAUCUCUUCACUAUGCACGUGGCACCUUGUCUGUCAUGGUUUAUCAUGCUCGAGGACUCCCUAAAGUAGCUAACGCUCAAGAACCAAAUACAUAUGUGAAGGUAUACCUUAAGCCCGAUCCCACGAAAGCGACGAAGCGGAAAACAAAGGUGAUAAAGAAGAACUGUCAUCCGUCAUUUAUGGAAAUGUUGGAGUACAGAAUGCCGCUAGAAGUGAUAAAAGAAAGAACGCUUGAAGCAACGAUAUGGAAUCAUGAUACCUUGCAGGAAAACGAAUUUCUUGGUGGCAUAAGUUUACCACUCGGACGUCUCGACUUGACAAACGAAACCAUCGAAUGGUUUCCGUUGGGUAGCGUACGAUGAAACGAGUAUAAAGACUGCCUUGAAAUUGAGUCUCUUAAUGCUCAUAGAGAUCUAGAAACUAUCACAUCAGAAGACAUAACUUUAGCGCACAAUAUUAAAGCUUCUUCAUCACAUUAUGCACAAACGAGUGCAAUUAUCACCGCGCUUAUUCGCGAUAUAAAAAUAAUCUUUAUUUAUAUUACUUCACAUCUAGCAGAGUCUUGCUUCCUUAACGAAGUAAUUUCGCAAUUUAUAGAAUGACAUGGUAGAUGUUAAGAACUAUGUGAUAUCCAGGAGAUAAUUAUAUGCAGAGGAAAAGUCAGCUUCUACAAAAGUUGCUAAGGAAUAUAAAGUAUACAUAAUAAUUAUUUAAAGAAACAUAUAAGUGCACUCGUUUGCACAUCUUGCGCAAAAUUAUUCUGAUGAAGUCAGGAGCGUAUUAAAUGAUCAUGAUUGUGCAAAACAUCGUUUAUGGGCUUCCAUGGUGAUUUGUUAUGACAGAAAUCGAAUGAUAAUACAUGGUGUAAAUAGUUGUCCUUUAUUAUACUCUUACUUGAUAAAUAAAAGUAUAAUGAAGAUGCAUUUUCCUGAAUCUUCCGGUGCAAUUGUGACUUUGAAUGUUUUGCAUAUCAUCAUUCCGACAUCUGUCUCCGAUAACUGAUUACUGUACAAACUCGUGAGUAGUGGUUUGCAAUCGUGAUCAUUUGAUGCGAUUGCUUUAUAGGGAAAAGAGUGUGCAAACGAGUGUGCAAUGUACAACAUGGCCUGUCGCAAAAGUAAUGGGGCUUUCUUGUUGUGAUAACAAUGGGUGUUAAAAAUGUAAUUCUUAAAUCUUAGUAUCUUGUAGACAUGAGACUAGAUGUGAUACGAUUUAUUCAGUAUGUCUCACGUACUCGUAAAUUAAACAAAAGUAUGUUUCAUGAUUGCGUCGCAAAAGUGGAGCACAGAGAUAUCAAGCGAAAGUCAACUUUUGUUUCACUAAAGUAUGGAUAGGUAUGUGCAAAAGUAUGAAACUUAUCAGACUCUAAACUUUAUGUCGAAUACAAACUUUUUGGUGAUAUAAAAAUUGUUUGAGAAUCUAAUUAAACUCAUAAAGUUCUUCUGUUUUGCUUUGAUAACGCAAUCGACAAACUCUUGUCAUAUUGGCAAGAUUUCAAGGUUCAAAUCAGCCUGCGGAUUUCGAGUACGAUGUUGGCACAUCACUUUGAAAAGCCUAAUUGCUUUGGUCUAGUCUAAUUGCUUUGGUGGCAGAUCGCGGUAUGUUGAAAUAUGCAAGACGAAAAUAGAUCAAGAAAAAAAAA